AUGUGUAUGAUUCGCCAAAUAUUUCCCCAUGCACUACACCAUCUUAGAGGCAUCAGGUGGAAAUUUUGUCACGUAAAAAAAAGAUUGAAUGGACCUCCUGACAAUAAUUUAGUUAUAGCUUUCAAUGAAAUACUUCACCCUACAUCUUCAACAAUACCACAAUCUGAUUCUAUUCCUUCAAUUCACCCUCACCAGCCAACUGCUAAUUUAAAUACGGUAGGUCAUUCUACGGAUGAUGAAAAUUCUAUUUCUGAUGACGAAAUGAGUCUGGCUAAUAGUUCUGAUGAAGACGACGACAACAUUAAUGAACCAUUUAUUGCCUCACAUGAUCAACAAUAUUCUGAUAUAGGAGAUUCUGUAUGGGAAUGUCCAUUUUGUCAAGCCUGUAUAUGGUAUCAAGAACGCAAAUGA